AAAGUUAUAGAUUAUCAUACCAUUAUAUAUAUAUAAUGCUAUGAAAUGACAGAAAAGUUAGUAACUGCAAUUAUUAAUUUGUCCCACAAAAGUAAUGCAAAGCACAAAUGCAGUGAUCUUCAAUUAAGCGUUUCUUGUUACAAACACCUCUUCUAAAAAGAAUGUGUGUUUCUUUGGGUACAACUACAACCCGACAACUUACACUUUACUACAUAACUUACUCUUUUCCUGUAACUCUACUACUACCUUCUGAAUUAUGGCCUACUUGUUAUUUUGAACACACAUUUGUGGUUUGAGGUAAGAGAGGGAGGAGUUACUACUAGUGAGAGUAGAGGGUAGGUUUGAGUAUUUUGGCAGCACUUAAUGCUUAAGCACAGACUGUUGGUUGGUUGGAACCAUGGUUCAUUAUUCUUUUCUCCUCCUUGUCAUCUCUUUGGCUGCUGGGAUGGAAAGUGAUAUUAUUGGAGGAAAAGAGGCUAAACCUCAUUCCAGGCCAUACAUGGCAUCUAUUCAGAUCAACAAACAUCACACAUGUGGAGGGAUGCUGAUCAGAGAAGAUUAUGUACUGACAGCGGCCCACUGUUUGAACCGUAGUGUCUUCUCUCGUAAAGAUCACUUUGAGGUUGUUCUGGGAGCUCACAACAUCACGCAGAAGGAGAAGAGCCAGCAGAGAAUCCCAGUGAAGAAAUACAUCCGACAUCCUAUGUUUGAACAGAACAACGAAAUUAACUACAGUUAUGAUAUCAUGUUACUAAAGCUGAAGAACAAAGCCAAACUGAGCAAAUAUGUGAAAGUUCAGCCUCUUCCUAAGAAGAAUGGAAAAACACCAGCUAAUGUUCUUUGCUCCAUUGCUGGUUGGGGGUUGAAAAGCCCAAAUGGAAACCAGGCAUCAGAUGUGAUGCGGGAAGUCAGUCUCAAACUGCAGUUCAGCACUGAAUGUAAAUACAAGUGGAUGCAUUACUUCAGCUCUGAGAGAAUGAUCUGCAGUGUUUCAGAUGGGAAACAUGGUUUUUGUUUGGGGGAUUCAGGGAGCCCUCUUAUCUGCAAUACCAAACCACAAGGAAUUGCUUCAUAUACUAUUAAUGGCGACUGUUCAAAUAAAUCAUAUCCUCAAGUUUAUGUAAAAACCUCCUACUUCCUCCCCUGGAUUAAAAAGAACAUUGGUUAAAAUUACACAAACAAACAAAUAAACAAAUAAAUAAAUAA